AUGGAGGACAAAUUUCGCGAGGCGUUCAUCCUGUUCAGUUCGUGUAGCGACAAGAUGGAGCUGCACCAGUUUUACGAGCUGAUGCAUUCUUUUGGGAUUAUCCUCCCGCCUGAGGAGAAGGCUGAACUGCCCUUGAUGGUCGACAUGGAAUUCUGGCUGAAGCUGGCCAAAAGGCAUUACAACCACCAGGACCCCUUCAAGCAUGUCCGCAGUGUCAGCGAAAAAAACUCCGGGGUGCAGAUCAAGAUUCAAAAUUUCAUCGGGAUAAUGAAAGCGCUGGACACCAGACUCACGGACAAAGACUUGGAUCUCCUCCUCAAGAUAACCAAUCCAGAGAACAAAGAGACGAUUGAUCUGAACACCGUUUCGCAGAAGCUCUCCGAGGUUAUGUAG